AUGCCAAAGACCUUUGCAGAGAAGCGUGUGAUUGUGAACGAGGCCUAUGCCGUCCCUCGCAAUAUCAAGGCCACGGCAAGAAAGUAUAGUGUCCAGCCUCAGCACAUCCGGCGCUGGGCCAAACAGCUCCAACGCCGCCAGCUCGAUCAUCUGGCUGCCUUCUCGUCGCCCGCCGGACUGGCCCGCACGGCCUCGCCCUCGACCCUGUCCGAGUUGUCGUUUGCCAAUCUCGCAAGCGCCCCGGGUCUGUCGGCCUCCGAACCACUCCACCGUCGCCCGAGUCUCCUUGCCUCUGCAGCCGAACCCGACACUCGGGUCGCUGCGGCUGGCAUCCCUGGCAUCCCUGGCAUCCCUGGCAUUGCCGUCAUCUCAGGCAUCGCGGCCAUCUCAGGCUCCACAGGCUCCACAGGCUCCACAGGCAUCCCGAGUGUUGCUGGUAUCGCAGAUGUCGCUGGUGUCGCUCGCAUCCAAGACACCACAGGCAUCCCGGCGAUUGCUGCAGACAUUCCUGGUCCUGGCCCUGGUCACUUUGCCCACCUCCCCGAGACCUCCCGGCUCUCGCUCCACACCCAUCUCACUGGCCAUGUCUCCUCAUCCGACCACCCCCAGCACUACUCAUCCGACCACACCCAACACUACUCGGCCAGCCAUACCCAACACUACCCGAGCCACACUCCCAGCCUCCCGAGCUACUCGAGCUACUCUGGCUACUCGAGCUACUCCGGCCAUUCCUCCAUCCAUCUGCCUGACGACAUUGUGACCCACUCCCCCGCUCACGCUCCAGACUACUCCACCACCCACACCCCACACCAUUCAAUGGCCCAUGUCUCGAGUUACUCUGUCGCCCAUGUCGCCACCCAUGCUGCCACCCAUGUCGCCGACCACCCUCCCUCGCACAUACCCCAUCACGUUGCCGGCUCCCACCACUUCCCCGAGUCCUACAUCCUCGACCACUGUCGCCCCCACGACGCCGUGCGCAUUCCAAAUGUCCACCGCAUCAUCCAAGCCGGAUGUGCCUCGCCGAUGCGCAACUCGUCGCGAUACGAUGCCUCGAUCGAGCACCCGGUGUCGCUGCUGUCAGAUGCAAGACCACACGGCCAACCGGGACCACCCGAACUGCCCGAGCCACCCGGCCAACUGGCACCUCCGAGUCUCCCGCACCUGUCGGUCUCGCCUGUGUAUGAAACCAAGCUGGCGAUCGAGGACCUGCAAGCAUUUGGCGGAUCGCUCUCGACGACCAUCCCGGAUCCGCUUGCAGGAACACUGCCGACAGCAGUCUCGACGACACUCUCGACGACAUUCUCGGGGACUCACCCGCUCUACUACAAGGGCCAGGGUCACGGCAGUGUGGUGAAAGACGAAACAGUGACAAGCGGACCAAUGGGCUCGUCAGUGCCGUUCCUCCCAGGUACUUCAUCGGCCACUCGCCCGAUUCCCAUGUCUCAGGUCAGCACCUUCCCCAUUCACCUCGAUCAAUCCGAGAGCUGGCUCCGUUCGCAACCGCACAACCCAUCCGAGUCGUCCUUCCCUGCCGAGCUCUGCGCGCCACCCUCGCGCCCGUCAGGAUCUGUGCGAUCGUCACCGUACCCUCAAGCAUCAGCCUUCCCACCAAGUGCCCGACGCGAGUCGCGAUCGAUCAACUCGCUCAUGAUCGAAUCCCAUGCCCCAAGACGACGCUGCAGUCACUAUGAGAUCCUGAACUCGCCUCCCGGCUUCCUCGAGACAGCCCUCAAUGUCCGCCCAGUCCAGCUUUACCUCGCCCGAUGCCUCGGUCGUUUCCGCCGUCACCAGUCUCCCGGCCCCGAUGUCACUCCCAAGUCUGGCGAGUCUGCGCGGCCCAUCAGGCUCCCAGACCCUCGGCUACUUCAUCCCGAUGAGCUCCGUCCGGUUAAACACCCACGAUUUUGA